UCCUACACCAAGUGCAACAGACAGAAUGGAUACACUUCGCAGAAAACUGUUUUUGGGUAGACAUGCUGCAGCCUCAGAAACUGUUAGACUCAGAAAGAGAAAGUCAACCCUGUACAGUAAAGAGCGCUGCAACACGGAGCAGGGCGUAGGAUUAUUCGGUCCGGACUCCUAUUUAACUAUGUUCAGUAUCGUUUUAAGGAUAGUGAACUGCUUUCUGGUCCAAACGAGUUUCGUUCCUGAUGAAUAUUGGCAGUCACUAGAAGUCGCACACAACAUGGUCUUCAAAUACGGUUAUUUAACCUGGGAAUGGAAAGAGAGACUUCGAGGCUAUGCAUAUCCAUUGUUCUUUGCAAGCUUUUAUAAAUUGUUGCAAAUCUUCAAGAAGGAUACUGUUCAACUGUUGAUCUGGGUUCCUCGAUUAGUCCAGUCCCUCCUUGCAGCACUGGCAGAUGUAAAACUGUAUUCUAUCGUGAAAAAGCAUGAGAGCACAGAAAUUGCCAAAUGGGUGUACUUUUCACAGGUAUGUUCUUGGUUUACCUGGUAUUGCAGCACCCGGACAAUUACAAAUAGUAUGGAAGUGGUUCUAACCAUCUUUACACUUUAUUACUACCCUUUUCAGGGUACAAAGACUGGGAACAGUUCAAAGUAUCUGGCUCUGAUUGCUUUUGCGAUCAUUGUGCGUCCUACUGCUGUCAUCCUUUGGCUGCCGCUGCUAUUUUUUCAUUUCUGGCAGGAACUGAAGAAACUGGACCUGUUUUUGUACAAAUGUCUACCGGUUGGAUGCUUAACGCUUGGAAUUUCUCUGACAAUUGACCGAAUAUUUUAUGGUGAGUGGGUUAUGGUUCAAUGGAAUUUCCUCAAAUUUAACGUGAUUCAGAACAUGGGAUCGUUCUAUGGCUCCCACCCUUGGCACUGGUACUUCACUCAGGGAUUUCCUGUUAUCAUGGGAACUCAUUUUCCCUUCUUCAUUCAUGGAUGCCUGUUGGUGCCCAAGAAGUACAGAGUUUUGCUAAUAGCGGUGAUAUGGACCCUCGUGGUGUAUAGUUUCUUAAGCCAUAAGGAAUUCAGGUUUAUUUAUCCAGUAAUGCCUUUCUGCAUGUUGUUUUGUGGCUACUCGUUGGCUAAUUUGAAAACAUGGAAGAAGCCAGCAGCCUGUUUACUAUUGGUUGCAAAUUUGUCUGUAGUUUUGUAUACUGGAUUAAUUCACCAGCGUGGAACACUGGACGUAAUGCAGAAUGUUCAACAACUCUGCAAGGACACGUCAGGGAAAGAUGAGCCCUCCUUGUUCUUUCUGAUGCCCUGUCAUUCAACACCAUUUUACAGCCAUGUUCAUUGCCCAAUAAAAAUGCAUUUUCUAGAAUGUCCUCCAGAUUUGACUGGGAACAAUAGCUACGUUGAUGAAGCUGAUUUGUUUUUUGAGGAGCCACUUAAGUGGUUGAACAUAAGAUUUUCUGGUCAAGCCUCGCUUCCCACUCACUUAGUAUUUUAUAAUGUAAUAGAACAGAAAAUAGAACCAUUUCUGAUUACCAAGGGCUAUGUGAAAACUGCAGUAUUGUUUCACACUCAUCUGCCAGAUGGUCGGAUAGGAAGUCACAUUCACGUAUAUGAAAGGAAGAUGAUGGAUAAUAGAUGACAAUUUUUUAUGUUUUAAACUUGUAUGUAAAUAUUUCUACUGUCUCAACUUUUUUUUUAUAAAUGUUCUUUCUCUCCCAAAUUUAUGCCUGUUUUGUUUUUGGAUAACUGAGUUGAUGUAGCAUGGUAUCUGUGCAACUAUUCAAUGGGAAGUGUUCUUUAAAAUUGAUGAAAAUGUACUCUCCAAAUAAAGUUGGAGCUGAAACAUAGCCCUGUCCACGAUGUCUAUCAAUAAAGUGAAUACUGGGAAGUUUAACUUAAAUAACUCAUGUUUACUGAAGCAGAAUAUUCCUGGCCAGUGAUAAAAUGCUCAAUAUUAACAGUGAGCUGAGGAAUUGGUUGUUAAUAUUAAUCCUGUUCCUGUAUUUACUAAAUGAUUGAGAAAGUGGUGGGAGGUAAAUAAGAUUUGGUAUCCCUACUGAUUCCCAUCUUAGUAACUCUGGCAUCUUCCAGGGACUUUUAUGAUCAUUAGAAAUGAAUGAUACUGUAGAAGGUGAACCCUUCUGCAACAUAUCACCCAAAUUAGUCAAUUAACUGAAACAAGGUUUCUCUUUAAAUUUAAAAUGUAUAAGCAAGUAUUUGUCAUACUUCACAGAUUCUCUUUAGC